UAGACCCUAUGCCUAUAGCACAAAUAAAUUUUAAUUACCCAUCGAGAUGGGAAUUGGAUGCGCCACAGCUAGCUGCUGGAGGGACGUUGGCGGAGAAAGAAAAGAUCCGUGCGGCCAAAAUAAGAGAAGAGUCUCUUAAGGUUGCGGCGUGGAUUGCCGUAUGUUUAAAGAAUCUCCAACACUUCGAAACAAUAUGGAUUCCAUACCACUUCAACAAUCACUGGAUAGUCAUAGGUGUCGAUGUCGGGAUGAACAUGGCAUGGAUUUGUGAUUCUGCAGAUUUUGACCCUCACACAUAUAAAGACUUCAUGUCAAUUCUCAUUACGGCAUUCAGGGCCUAUGUCAAGAAUCACAAAGGAAGGCAUGAUCCAGGUCUGGGGAGCCACUUGCGUUUCAAAUCUCUAUGUUCGUUUCCCAAGCAAAGGCCAGGGAGUCUGCAUUGUGGAUACUAUGUAUGUGCUUUCAUCAGUAACACAAAAGGCUACAGGAGACACCCUGAGUUGGGGCGGUUCUAG